GUCAUUGGCACGACAGCGGGCACCGAGUCAUUGGGUAAGUCAGCACGAAGUCAUCGGGCACCGAAUCAUCUGGCACGACCGUGGGCACCGAGUCACCGGGCAAGUCAGCGGGCACCAAGUCAUCGAGCACGUCAGCGGGCACCGAGCCAUCUAGCAGAACUGCGGGCAUUGGGUCACCAAGCUCGACAGCGGGCACCGAGUCAGCUGGCACGACAGCGGGCACCGAGUCAUCGGGCAUCAGGGCAUCAGGCUGGAUCACGAACACCGGGUCUUCAGGCCGGAUCGGGUCAUCAGGCCAGAUCGGGUCAUCAGGCUGGAUCGGGUCAUCAGGGCAUCAGGCUGGACAACGGAAGGCGGGUCCUCAGACAGCAGGCUGACCGGUUUGGAUACUGGUAGGAUGGUAGUGGUUGGAAAGAAUUUUCGCUUCUUCUUGGGUUUAGUUACUGGAGCACUGUAAGUAAAUGCAGGUCUGUAAACGGAUGGAGCAGCUGAAGACAGGGAAGAGCCAGGAGGAUGGAACAAAGGAGGGAGCAGUUGCUACAGAGGGCUUCUUUACAGGGUAAAAGGCAGGAUAGGUGCAGCGAGUGGGAGCAG